AUGCUAGCAAUGGAGCCAACAUUAUCGCCAACAAGAAUGCUUGAAAAUUUCGAACUUGCAAGCAGAUAUCAUCAUUUAAACUUAUUAAAUGCAAAUCUUUUACGUAUAGAAGGAAGCUUUAAAAGAAAAGUUGACGAAAUGGUCACAUUAGAAAGAUUUGAUGAAUUACCGGAUGAGAUUCAACAACAAAUCCUGGAACGGCAAUAUUCUGGAUGGGCAUUAAAUGAUCAACACUUAGCAAAUGUACCAACUACAAAUAUGGAAAGAACAAUAUCGUUAAUUAGUGGUGGAUUGAAACCAAAUGCAUACGAGAAGGACCGUAAUUUGAUGACAUUUCAAGGUAUGAAAUCGGUGGAAGCAUUUGGUUCUGUGGAAGAAAUGAAUAUUACGGACCCCUAA